GCCCUGAGCGACACCCCCGCGCUCCCGCACCACAUGGGCGCUCCCGGAUGAAGCCCCACCCCCCCGGUUCCACGUGGUCAGCAGCGCCGCUCCCCGGCUCUUGGCGGCUAGGUCUGAGGGAGGCUUGGGUCCCGGCAUGGCGGGGACCCCGUCCGGCGGUGCUGCUCUGUUCUCCUGUCCCCCCAACUUUACCGCGACGUCCCCAGCUUCAGAGCCGACUCGUUUCUCUUUGGAGGUGUUAAGGGAUCCAGAUACGGAACUGUGGUUUAUCCAGGCUCCUAUAGACUUCGCCCCAGACUGCCUCAAUGGGCGGCUAGUGCCUCUCUUGGGCUCCCGGAUUGUGAAGGGCAAGUUGGCGGGCAAGCGGCACCGCUACCGGGUCCUCAGAAGCAGCGGCCCCCAGGCUGGAGAAGCAAUCCUGCUGGCUCCCUCAGGGGAAGCGGGAGGCGGACUCACCUGUGCACCAGCCCCCCAGGGCAGCCUAAGGAUCUUUGACGGUCCCCAAGAAUCCCCCUCCGGGACCCUGCUGCAGCCCAUCCCAGCAAGCCCCCCACCACAGAUCCCCCCUGGCCUGAGGCCUCGGUUCUGUGCCUUUGGAGGUAGCCUCCCGGUAACAGGGCCUGGAUCAGUCUUGGCACUGAAGUCACCAGCCUCAAGGAAGAGGAAGAAGAAGAGCCAUAUACCAGAGGCCUCAGUUCCCCAGGAGGCGGUGCAUGGGCUUGGGGCCCUGGAGGUGGACGCAGCUUUGGGGUCCCCAGGGGUGGAUGUGGGGAAGAAGAAAAAAAAACAGGAGCUAAAACAACUAGAGGUGAUGGAGCCCGUAGCAGCAGAACCCAUGGCUGAGAUGUCGGAGCCCCCGGGGGCACCAUUUCUGUCCACCACCAAGAAGAAAAAGAAGCCCAAAGGGGCAGAAACGGUCGAACCAGAAGAGCAGACACCAGCGCCUGAAGAAAAGCCGGCGGAGCCGGAACUCACAAUUAAAAGGGAGCCUCUGGAAGCGACAGUCUUCUCUCCCACCAGGAAGAGGAAGAGGCAGAAGGGGACAGAAGGGAGGGAGCCAGGGGAAGGGAUGCCGGCCGAGUCUCCACUGCAGCUGGGGCCACGGGAGGAAGCCAACCCGCUGCCAUCCUCCAAGAAGAAGAAAAAAGAAAAGGGGUACGAAGUAAUGAUGGAGCCAGGGACCGAGGCGAUAGAGCCAGAGAUGGGCCCUCUGGAGCUCCCAGGGUGGGUGAUGGAGCCUGAACUACCACACGAAGUUGAGCCUCAGGCUGAGGCAGCUCUGGCGUCCACCAAAAAGAGGAGGAAGACAGAGAAAUGGCAAAAUGCGGCGGGGGAGCCGGGGGCAGAGGUAGGGGAGACUCAGGUGGAGCCUGAGCCACCAGGGGACCUUGAGCCGCAGCCAUCCGCCAAGAAGAAGAAGAAAGAACGGUGCCACAAAGCAACGGAGCCAAGGGCCGAGAUGAGUGACCCACAGGGGGAGGUGCUGGAGCUGCAGCUGCCAGAUGAGGGGGAGCCUGAGGCCAGGGCAGAUCUGGCGCCCACCAAGAAGAGGAAGAAGCGGGGCCGCCAGGGGAGUGGGGUGCCAGAGACGGCAUCCCAGGACGAGAUGCCAGAGCCGCCGCUGAGUCUGGAGUCGGGGGAGGAGGUGGCUCCCGCAGGAUGGGAGAAGAAGCGGAAGAAGCUACAGCAGGAUCCUGUGUAGUCUCCUCCAGGGAAACUGAGGGCUGCAGUGAAGAAAAGCUGGAGGUGACCGCCUGGGCCAGCAGAGAGCGAGCGCAGAGGACUCCCCCACCCCCAACCCACCCCCGCUCCCGGUGACUGCCCCAGCAUGCCAGCAGCAGCCUGAGCCAGAAAACGGGCUUUAUUAUUACACCGAGGGCCUUCUUCCCAGCUGCGGUCAUCGGGGCACUUUCAAGAAGGGCUCGUGUAGGACAUCAAACAGCCUCCGGGCCUGGGUGAGAGCAAGAAAGAAAGGAGGGGCGGGUCAUUAAAUGAGCCAUCUGUUUGCUAUAUCCGCAGUAGGCUUUGCUUCUUUCCCUCUCAACCAAACAGGGCUCUGGGGGCCAGGAGAGAAAGCCGGAUCUUGAAUCUGUCCCAGACUUGCUGUGUGAGUUUGGGCUGUUCCCCACCUUCCCUGGGCCUCGGUCUUCCUCAGCUGUAGGAGAAGCACUGUGGGCCUUCCAAAACCUUGUUAGAGCUUUGGGAUCUGAGGUCCCAUUUAUUUGGUGCUUCCUCCUGUCCCUGGCCCCUCAAGCCCAUUUCCACAGCUCUUACCUUCUGGGGUCCCAGGCCCGGGCACAAAGCCAGAUCUUCCCGCGAUGCGGCCACAAGCUGUUCCAGAGACUGAGGAAGGUGGGAGUGAAGGGUCAGAGAUGGGGAGCACGAGACUACCCUGCCCCAGCUGAUCAGGGGUCUAAGAGAUCCCUGGAAGGAGGUGAGGUCCUGUGGGAGGGCAGGGGAGGCAGGAAGGAUGGGGAGAAGGGGGCAGUGAGGUGGAAGGAAACAGGUGUGUGUGGGGUGGGGGUUCCUUGAAAAGGCAAGGGUUUCAAAAUGCCAUUGGGAUAAGGGAAUCAUUCCUUACCCCAAAAGUAGUCAGAAGGGUCUGGCUGUCUGUUUUACUGACUGACUUCACUGUGGUCAGGCAUUCAGUCACCUGGAAGGGGAGGAGAAGGCAGAGAUGCAUCAUAAGAGAAAUGACUGCGAGUGAGCCCGCAGGGCAGCACUGGGUCACCACUGUGUCCCCAGACUGCCUGCAUGCAGGAGAUGCUCAAUAAAUGGCCUUUUUCUUUGAUUAAAAGUUCAUCUUAGUAGGGUGCCUGGGUGGCUCAGUUAAGUGUCUGCCUUCGGCUCAGGUCAUGAUCCCAGGGUCCUGGGAUUGAGCCCCACAUCACAGAGCCUGCUUCUCCUUCUGCCUCUUGCUCCUCCCCCCACUGUGCUCGCUCUCUCAAAUAAAUAAAAUAUUUAAAUAAAUAAAUAA